UAUGAAGGGUGAUGUUGUAGCUGUCGUUUUACUCUUUUUGACAGCAUAUUCAUGCCAAGCUGAAAAUGGAAUAGUUAAUUCAAAGAAACAGCUUUUCUGCCUGGUUCCAAAUGGUAAUCGUUGGCAGAAAUUCAGUGAUGUUUCAACAUUUUGGGAAACAAUACAUAAUGAUGAUAGAUACUCUGGUGCAUACUCAAAUAUCCUAACAAUAACGAACUUCCAAAUAGAAGAUUCAGGACAUUAUAGAUGCAAAAUAGAUAACACUAAUACAACAGGAGCUAACAUAGUGCUUAACCCUGAAGUUCAAGAAUACAUUGGCUCUGUAAUCACACUAACAUGCACCGUAUUCGGAACACCACUAUAUUGGUAUAUUUUUGGCAUCAGCGGUGAGCGAACGCUAACAGACGACGCAAACUACGAAGGCUCAUCGACUAAUUAUUUGAAAAUAAAAUUUCUGACAACAUAUACUGCUGGUUAUUACUAUUGUAGACCGAAAGAUGGAAAGAAAGGACCAGACAUUAAAGUAUCUAUCUUAACCUGCGCAUCCUGGACUGUAUGGAGUGCCUGCAGUGAGACAUGUGGUACUGGGCAGCGUCAAAGAUCAUGCACGUGUUCUGGAACUUGUCCAGGUAGUGGCAGUCAAAGUGAGUCGUGCAUUGUUAACUCCGGAUUCAACGGAGGAUGGUCGUCAUGGGAUUCGUGGGGAGCUUGUAACGUGACAUGUGGAAAUGGACAACAAAGAAGAAGACAUAGCUGUACCAAUCCUUCACCAGCAAACGGCGGAGCUAGUUGUCAAGGAGAAGAAUACGAUUAUAAUUCAUGUACAAAACCUGCAUGUCCAGUCAAUGGCGGAUGGUCUUCAUGGACUUCUUGGGGAGCUUGUAACGUGACAUGUGGAACUGGUCAACAAAGUAGGAGACGAUAUUGUAACAACCCUUCACAGGCAAACGCUGGUGCGGAUUGUCAAGGCGCGGAAAUUGACCUCAUUGCAUGUGCACGUUCACAAUGUGCAGGUGGAGACCGCCAAGAGGGAAUGUAUAUUAAUAUUGCUAGAGCCAGUCGUCAAUCUUCCUCUGACACAGAUGAUGUAAUCCCUUCAAGAUUAUCAACAAAAGACACCAUUAAAGAUGAAGGCAACACAUAUUAUAACAAUGCUGAUAUAUUGACUACAAUUAAAAUUGAAGACUUGAAGGACUAUAUUAAAAGAAAACAAGUAAACGAAGGCCUUCAUUCCGAGUACAAGUCUAUCCCUUACGGUCCACAGCAUCCGACCACUAUAGCACAAAAGAAAGAGAACAUGCCAAGGAACAGAUUUAAAACAACGUUCCCCUAUGACCAUACUCGAGUUAUUUUGAAACCUGUACCUGGAUCACCGCAUACAGAUUACAUCAAUGCAAACUUAGUUGACGGAUUUGAGAAAGAAAGUUGCUAUAUAGCAUCGCAAGGACCAUUGAAGCAUACGUUUACUGAUUUCUGGGCAAUGAUCUGGCAGAAUAAUACCAGGAAGAUAAUAAUGCUGACCAACCUGAUUGAAGUGAAUAAGGUAAAAUGUGAUAAAUAUUGGCCUGAAGGAGGAAAACCCAUGGUAUUGGGAAACCUUAUUCUUACUCUGCAAUCAGAAAAAGAAAGAGCAGCAUAUGUUACCAGACAAAUGUCGGUUGAAGAUAAAAAGACGAAGGAGAAACGAAAUAUUAUCCAGUACCAUUUCACUGCCUGGCCUGAUCAUGGAACCCCAGAUCCUCUGUACCUUGUACUGUUUCAUAGACAUGUGAUAUCUGAUCAUUCUGAAGUCGAAAGUGGAAAACUACUCGUUCACUGCAGUGCUGGCAUAGGAAGAACAGGAACAUACAUUGGACUAGACGCUCUUAAAGAGGAGGGGGGUGUCACAGGUUGUGUCGACAUUGUCAAGUUUGUAAAGAAAAUGAGAUACAGUCGAAUGAAUAUGGUGCAGACUCCAGACCAGUAUGUUUGUUUGCACUAUGCCUUGUUGGAAGCUUUUACCAUGAAAGAUACGAAGAUUGGAAAAGACGAAUUUGGAACAAUUUGGCGGGAGAUACAGUCUGAUAAACAACCCAUGAAUCAUCAAAAACUGUACAAAGAAUUUAAGAUGCUAGAAGCUAAGAAAUCAGAACAUGGAAAGUCUGAGCAUACCGCUGCCGUAAGUCCAGAAAAUAUAGAGAAAAACAGAAACAAAUCAGUCAUCCCAUCGGACAACAACAGGCUUUUUCUCACAACAUAUGACAGAGGAAGAACUGAUUAUAUCAAUGCGGUUCAAGCUCCUUCAUACACAAAGUUUGUGGGUUAUUUGACGACACAGCUUCCACUGCCAGACACAAAGAUCGACUUCUGGACAAUGAUCAGGGACCAUAACUCAUCUACUGUAGUCAUGUUUAUAAAUGAACAAACAGAGGCUGAAUUUGUGUAUGCACCUUUAGAAGACACAUUUUCAUGUGGCUCAUUCACCAUGAAGAUAACGAAGCGAGAAAAGGUGGAAUUCGAUAUAUUAUCAUGUACAGUUGUUUUCUCAAGAAAGGAUGAAAAAUCUAGGGAGAUUGUGAUAUACUGUGCUGUUUGUAGUGGGUAUCCUAAGCCAAAUGUGUUGUGUAAACUCGUGAAUAUGAUAUCAACACGUGUUAGUAUGUCACAUGAUGCAGUAACUGUUGUCAGCGGUGAUGGUGCUAAAACCUGCGGACUGUUUUGUACAUUUGCAAACGCGGUCUCUAGUAUGACAAUAGAUGAUAAUGCUGACAUAUUCCAGCUAGCUAGGCUACUGCAGUUAAGGAGACCAGAGUUUUUUUCUGAUUUCGAUGAGUACCGACUGUGUUAUGAGGCUUUGAACUUUUAUUUGGAGUCAACAAACGUGUAUGCAAACUUUUGAUUUCCUAAGAAGUCUUCGAAAUUAUAUAUUUCUUGUGUUACAAUGAUAUUAUACUAUAUUGUGCAUAUAUAACAAAGGACGCUUCACGUAUGUAUUCAUUCAUAAAUUAUAUUAUUUUUAAGAUUCAAUUUGCAUGAUUGAACUGUUUUUUAUACCGUCUAGUGGAAUCACUCAUGCAUCGAUUUUCAAAGAGAUAUGCUCCUUUUAAAACAUAUCCAAGACAGGCGAAACUUUUAUAUUCAUUGGAACGAUAUAAAACGACGCGUAUUGAUAUUGUUUGAAGACGAUUUUUUCCACUGUUAUAGAUGGAAUUUAACUGCUUUAAUGAAAUUCAAAUCACUUCGAAAUGUUAUAUUUUUAUUAACCUGCACUAGUAUGGUCACUUUUUAUCUUCUAUUCAUUAAUAUUAUUUAUUUGGGAAACCCAGUUCAAUCAAAUGCUUCACAGUCGUGUUGCUUUAUUACAAAUAUAUUUGAUUGAGAACUACUGUAAACCAACUUAUUUUCGCAAGAGAUUUAUUUUCGCGACUUACGAGUACAAAAAUAACACGAAUAUAAAUCGUCGCGAAUAUGUAAAACUUGGAUCAUUCCUAAUUAAACUUUAUCAAGUAAGUCAGAAAAUCGCGAAAUUAGAUAGCCGCGAAUUGGUCUAAAAAGUGGGAAACGCGAAAUAAAGUAUUCGCGAAAAUAAGUUGGUUUACAGUCUAUCAUCUUCAAUGUCAAUAAAUGUUUUUAUGAACUGCUCUUGUGUAAUGAAUAAUAUAAACUAGAAAUGUGUCUUCUUUUACAAAAGUUCACACUUUAUGUUGUGGGGGGAGGGGCUCUUGUUAAAGUAUAAACUAAGUUGAACAAUCGUCAAGAUCGAAAACAUUCUUUUUAUUUAUUAUCCAAUUCGUAGGUUUAUUUAAAAGUUGUUCCUUGUGCAUUCUUCUGCAUAUAUGUUUUCAUUCAUAAUCCAAGGCCAGUAAUGAAGGAUUCUUGUAGCCAACUGUUUUAACAUUAAAAAAACAUCUGAGCACUCAUUGAUAUUUAGUGAUUAGCAAUUGAAGUUUGCAUGUAUUUAUGUAACAAUUUGUUUUAUUUUUUAUUUAUUAUUUAAGGUAGAUAUGUCUUUACAAAUGUUAUUCCACUGUAACAGGCUUAACAAAGUUUAACAUUUUAUAUAAGCAGAUCUUAUACUAUUAUGACAAUAAAAGCAGAAAAAAAAACAUU